AUGAGGUGUUGUUUUUCAUCCGUCGGUAUAAAGAUAACGACGAUGAAUCUGAGAUGGAGGAGGAGGAGAAAGGAAGAGGCGAUGAAGGAGGCCGAAGAGGAGGAGGAGAAGUUGAUGGAGGACGUGGAAGAGGAGGAGGAGGGGGAGGAGGAGGAGGAACGAGAGGAAGAGGAGAGGGAGGCGGAGGACAAGGAGGAGGAAAAGGAAAAGCUUCAGACGGUCAUUAUUAUUCCCGCCAUUUACUCCCAAAAGAUGAGGUGCGUUGUUUCGCCCGUUGGUAUAAAGAUGACGAGGACGAGGCUAAGGUGGAGGAGGAGGAAAAAAAAAAGGGCAAUGGAGGAGGUUGAAGAGGAGGAAGAGGCGAUGAAGGAGGAAGACGAUGAGGAGGAGGKGGAAGAGGAGGAGGAGGAGGAAGAGGAGGAUAGGGAGGCGAAGGACAAGGAGGAGGAAGAGGAGCAGGCGAUGGAGGGGGAAGAGGAGCACAAGGCGGAGGAAGAGGAGGAGGAGGAGGAGGAGGAGGAAAAAGAGGCGAUGGAGGAGGAGGAAGAGGAGGAGGAGAAAGAGGCAAUAAAGGAGGAAGAGGAGGAGGAGGAGAAAAAGGCGAUGGGGGAGGAGGAAGAGGAGGAGGAGAAAAAAGCGAUAAAGGAGGAAGAGGAGGAGGAGGAGAAAGUGGCGGUGGAAGAGGAGGAAGAUGAGGAGGAGGAGGAGGGGGGGAGGAGGGGGGGAGGAGGAGGAGAAACACGAGAAAAGAACUAUGUCAGAGACGAGGCUGAGGUGGAGGAGGAGGAGAAAGGAAGAGGCAGAUGGAUGAAAAAGGAGGCGACGUCGAUGGAGGAGGAAGAAGAUGCGGAGGAGGUGGAAGAGGAGGAGGUGGAAGAGGAGGAGGAAGAGGAAGAGGAGGAGGGGGAGGCAAAGGACAUGAAAGAGGAAGAGGAGCAUGCGAUGGAGGGAGAAGAGGAGCAUGAGGAGGAGGAAGAGGAGGAAGAGGAGGAGGAGGAGGAGGAAAAAGAGGCGAUGGAGGAGGGAGAGGAGGCGGAGGAGAGUAGGAAGAGGAGCAGAGGCGACUAUGCCUGUAGCAGGGGAACAGCAGGGAAGCGGGGCAGCGAGGAGGAGGAGGAGGAGGAGGAAGAGGAGGAAGAGGAGGAGGAGAAAGCCAAGGAGGAAGAGGAGGAGGAGGAGGAGGAAGACGACGAGGAGGAAGAGGCUCACCUUACUAUGCCUGCAGCAGCGGAACAGUGGGGCAGCGAGGCAGGGGGCAGCGGGGCAGCCAUCAUUAAGCAGCGGAGCAGUGGGGAGGAAGAGGAGGAGGAGGAGGAAAUGGAGGAGGAGGAGGAAGAGGAGGAGGAGGAAGAGGAGAAGGAGGAAGAGGAGGAGGAGGAAGAGGAGGAGGAAGAGAAGGAGAAAGAGGAGGAGGAGGAAGAGAAGGAAGAGGAGGAGGCCGCCAAGGAGGAAGAGGGGGAGGAUGCCAAGGAGGAAGAGGAGGAGGAGGAAGAGAUGGAAGACGAGGAGGAGGAGGAGGAGGAGGAAGACGAGGAGAAGGAGGAGGAGGAGGAGGAAGAGGAGUAAGGUGGAAGACGAGGAGGAGGAGGAGGAGGUGAAAGACGUGGAGGAGGAGGAGGAGGGAAGGAUGAGGAGGAAGAGUAGGAAGAGGUUCACCUUAG